AUGGUCCAGCAAAGGAACGUGAGGAACCGGGGGGCGGAAACCAAGAGGGAGGUGUGUCCCAAAGACACCUUGCUCCUGAAGGAUGCGAAAGGCGAGCCGGGCUGGUGCAAGACCCCCAGCGGGCACAUCAAACGUCCCAUGAAUGCCUUCAUGGUGUGGUCCCAGAACGAGAGGCGGAAGAUCAUGGACCAGUGGCCGGACAUGCACAACGCCGAGAUCUCCAAGCGUCUGGGCAGGCGUUGGCAGCUCUUACAGGACUCUGAGAAGAUACCCUUUGUCAAGGAGGCGGAGCGGCUGCGCCUGAAGCACAUGGCUGACUAUCCUGACUACAAGUACCGUCCCAGGAAGAAAGGCAAGAUGGGAAACCCCAAGUCCCGCCCGAGAGUCCCCGUGAAGAUCAAGCCCUCUGUCCUCAGCCGUGUGUCCGCCAGCCGAAGACAGCCCGCGAAGCAAGACGCUGAUGGUGGUGGCCAGGUGGGACCGGAAAUUGACGAUGACCCCCUCGAAGCACGACUCCUGGAGACCUCCUUUGACGACAGCCCGAAAACUCCCGGCAAGGAGUUUUGGCACGUGCUCCCAGCAACUGGUGAGAAAGGAGGGUGGGCGGCCAUCUCCGGUGAGCCGAAGGACCCCGAAGCUGCUGCCUUGACCAAACCGUUUUUGGAACAGGCGAGGUCCACCGAGGUCCCUUCCCCAGCAUCCACCAGGUCCCCGCCUUCCUCCUUUGCCUCUUCGGACGAAGAGUUGGAAGAAGAGCUCUUGAAUUUCUUGCCGAGCCGAGCCCAGCCACCGGAUUAUUGCACCCCGGAGGUGACUGAGAUGAUAGCGGGGGACUGGCUGAUGUCCAGUAUCUCGGACUUGGUCUUUACGUACUGA